GAAUCCAAUUCUUAUGAAAUCAGCAAUGGCACUUCGGAGGUUGGUGCCAAGUCCGACCCGAUUUCCCCGGCGACCACCAGUUUUGGCCAAUCGCAUCCAACGAUUCUCAUGCGAUGCCGGGUAUGCGGCGUAAGAAUGAGCAUCAUCAGUACCUACUUUCUUGCACAAGCUUCGUUUUGCUUUGCUUGUCUUUUCGGACUUUCUAAUACUGCCAUGGGACCACCUUCCUUCGCGUCCUUCAACUGUGCUACUGCUAUCCCGUUCAUUCCUGGGACCUGGUGUUGUUCUUGCAAAAGCAUCGUAUCUCAAAGACAGAAUGGCGGCGCCUGAUAUUGGCCAUUCUCAAGGACCAGUAUCUCUUGAUGCCAGUCUUGCACUCGAAGAUUCACAUCUGCCAGCCGAUGCAAAGCCAGGUCACCUCCCACAACA